CAGCAUUCAUGGAACCAACCCCCUGAGCAGAAAAUCAAACGCAGAAAGAAACAACAAGGCUUUGCCAGUGAUUAAAUUAAUUUCAAGCUGGAUUGGGAAGGUCUGGCAGUGCUUGGGAGGAUGUGGAAGGCCGUUGUGGCUGGAGCUGGAGCAUCCUCAAAAAUCCACCUCACCUCUGGGCAGCAGUGGGAAACACGGAUCUGCCCCGGCAGAUUCUCACUGCUCUUCCCUGGGAUCUGCUGAUGGAGCUACUCCCCCUCUCUGCUGUUCCACUACCAGCUCUCCCAAGUUUCCCUGGAGAAAGAAACCAAGAUGCUCCUUAAACAAAGGAUCCCUGCUCAGGACACCUGAUGGGGCACCGUGGAUGAGGGAUCCCCACUGAAGGACGAGCCAUGCAGUAGGAGCCAGCACAUCCCACGGAAGAGCAGGACCCAGUGCUGCAGGAGGGACGGGACAUGUGGAGCCUCAGCUGCCUCCUCUGGGGACUCCUCCUCAUCCUCAGCACCACCAGCAUGGAGGGAUUUGCCCAGGCAGGCCGCAGGGUGUGCUCAGCCGCGGGGCCGCCGAGCCGCCUGAGCGCCCACGCCGAGUCCCACGUGCAGCCCGUGUACCAGCCCUACCUCACCACCUGCCAGGGCCACCGCCUCUGCAGCACCUACAGGACCAUCUACAGGGUUGCCUACAGGCAGAGGUACAGGCAGCUGCCCCAGCCCACGGGCUCGUGCUGUCCUGGCUGGAGCAGAGCAAACGGGCACACGCUCGGCUGUAACAGAGCUCUCUGCUGGGAGCCGUGCCAGAACGGCGGGAGCUGCGCCUUCCCCGGGAGAUGCUCCUGCCCCCCCGGCUGGACGGGGCGAGCCUGCCAGACAGACGUGGAUGAAUGUGCCAGCCAGAGCCACGGGUGCAGCCAGCUCUGCAUCAACACAGCCGGGAGCUUCCACUGCGCCUGCCAGGACGGCUUCAGCCUUGCUGCCGAUGACAAGGGCUGCCAGCCCCUGGUGCCAGCGCCUGCGCCAGACACCUCCAGCCAAGCAGGUCCCUCCAGUGAAAUGAAGGAAGAAAUGAAGGACCUGAGGAGCAGAGUGGAAGCGCUGGAGGAGAAGCUCCAGCUGGUGCUGGCCCCCUUCCACAACCUGAUGCCACCAGAGGAUGUCGGUGCAGACCCCAUCAGCCGCCUGUCCCACUCCCUCCAGCAGCUGGACAGGAUCGACUCCCUGAGCGAGCAGAUCUCUUUCCUGGAGGAGCGGCUGGAGACCUGUUCCUGCAAGAAUGAACUCUAGCAGAGUGCCUGGGGACCUGGAGCUAGCCGAGUGCAUCCACAGCUCUUAUCUCCCUCUCCAGCCCCAGGCUGGGGAUGAAGCCACACCACCAUAGGAAGGCACAGGGUGGCAGGAGAAGGCUGGGCUCCCAUCAGCAUCUCCAUCGCUCUCUCUUCCAGCUCACCUCACCAAAGGUCAUGCAGUUCCUUCCAAACUGGACUCUGAGCCCUCCCCCUGCUGGAGAGGCAGCAAAUAAAUGCCUUACCUCGUGCCA